GUCACCAGGCAUCAGGUCAUUUGGCUCGACAGCGGGCACCGCGUCAUCUGGCAAGGCAGUGGGCUCCGAGUCAACAGGCACGACAGUGGGCACCGGGUCAUCAGGUACCGGAUUGUCUGGCUCGACAGCGAGCACUGGGUCACCAGGCAUGACAGCGGGCACUGGGUCACCAGGCAUCAGGUAAUUUGGCUCGCCAGCGGGCACCGCGUCAUCUGGCAAGGCAGUGGGCACCGAGUCACCAGGUACCGGAUCAUCUGGAUCAACAGCGGGCAUCGAGUCAACUGGCCUAAUAGGAUCGUCAGGCUGGAUCAGUUCAUCAUGCUGGGUAGAGGCGUCCGGCUGAGUAGAGGCUUCAGGCCGAGUAGAGGAGGCUUCAGGCCGAGUAGAGGCUUC